UCGCCUGGAAUCACGUGGGCGAGGACUAGCCGUAUAUAAACGCGGGCGGGGUCGUUGCUGGCCGCCAUUUUGUCCAGUGAGGAAAAGCGGAGCUGGGGUCUCGCUGAGGGUCGAGUCGGCUGAGUUUAGCGCGGGCUCCCUUCGCGCGCCCUCCCUCUAAGCACCGCAAUGCAUCGUGACUCUUGUCCGCUGGACUGCAAGGUCUAUGUGGGUAACCUUGGAAACAAUGGCAACAAAACAGAAUUAGAGCGAGCUUUUGGCUACUAUGGACCACUGCGCAGUGUAUGGGUGGCAAGAAAUCCUCCUGGGUUUGCCUUUGUGGAGUUUGAAGAUCCCCGAGAUGCAGCUGAUGCAGUAAGAGAACUAGAUGGAAGAACGCUGUGUGGGUGUCGCGUCCGCGUGGAGCUCUCCAACGGGGAGAAGCGCAGUCGGAACCGUGGCCCCCCUCCGUCGUGGGGCCGGCGCCCUCGGGAUGACUAUCGCAGGAGGAGUCCCCCUCCUCGGCGCAGAUCACCGCGAAGGAGAAGCUUCUCCCGGAGCCGCAGCAGGUCCCUCUCCAGAGACAGAAGAAGAGAGAGAUCACUCUCAAGGGAGAGGAACCACAAGCCCUCUCGCUCCUUUUCCAGGUCUCGCAGUCGCUCCAGGUCAAAUGAGAGGAAAUAGGACUGUGGGAAGGAGCUGUGUACAGGAAGUCAUGAGAUCCGAGGCCAGGAGUAUGUACAGAACAUUGUUUUGUUUUGAGACUUCAUAAAGCUUGGUGCAUUUUUAAAAUGUUUUAGCUGUUGAACUUGCUUUGUUCCUUGUAUCUUGUAACAGGUGGCAAAUGUAAAGAUGUGAAUCUGUAUAUGGUUCUGAGCAGAUCCUAUGAUUUGUAAUAUUAAUGGUUUUCCAAUGUACCAUUAGACAUGGGGGGGGGGUGUGUGUGGAAUGGCAAAUGGUCUGUGUUGUGUAGCUGGAAGAGCGGGGCUGGGCUGGGGGUUGCUGGGGCUCAGCUCGAAGUGUGCAGGAUGGUGUGUUCCUUGUGGGAUCAGGCCAGGAGCAGAGCAGGACACAGGUAGUCCAUAGCCCAUGUCUGGGAAAGAGAUUAGUGAGCCAGUGGCAGGGGGAGGGGGUAAGGGUUGGGGGCUGCAGCUUCAUCCAGCUCCAGUCUGACUGAGCUGCUUUAUAUUCCAUGAACAAAAACUUUUUAGCUAUAGGGUCAGUUAAUUUUGUACUUGGUGUGAGUAGAGUCCUUAAUUAGAUGAUUGUUGAUUGACCAUGUAUUCCAGAAGCUCUGAAUAGACCAAAUCCACAGCAGAACUGACACCUGGAGUGGAUGUGUUAUGUCUAAUGGUACAUUGUAAACAUUAGUUAUUAAACAUUUCUUUACUGUACAAGAAUUUUCAUGUCACUUGUAAAAUGUCUUUUGUGAGAUCCUUGGGAUUAAAGUUUUGGUUACAA